GUGAUUAGGAGAGGUCGAGAGAGAUAAUUAGACGUACAGUAGACGACACGCUCAAUAUGAUUAUUAAUGCGCUGCUAUAACGUUGAAUAACAAUAAUAUUUACAAAAUUCACACUUAAAGCAAUUUUAUCAAGUAAGGUGUGCAGGGAAAAAUAUGAUUUGCACUGAGAACCGAAGAUAAAUUGGAAAUUAUUUUCCCUCCGAUAAUACAAACCAAAAAGCAACGUUGUUUUUGCGUUUGUGUGUUGAUGUGUGUGUGUUUGUAUACACGCACACUGUACACACACUCAAACCAAGCCCGACCAAAAUCAAGCUCCUCCUUCCCCCCUCCUCCCUCCGUUCUCUCUCUCCUCCUCUCCCUCCCUCCGGUGCCCUAUGCUCAGUUCGGUGUGUGUCUCCUCAUUCAAAGGGCGAAAGGGUGGGAACAAGUCGUCCAACAAAGCAUGUUACAGCGCAGACAUGACUUGUCCGUCAGAAAGCGAGAAAAUCGUGAUAAACUGCGGGGGGGUGAGACACGAGACCUACCGCAGUACCCUCAAAACCUUACCCGGCACCCGGUUGUCGUGGCUCACCGAGCCGGACGCAUUUAGCAACUUCGACUACGACCCCAAAUCCGACGAGUUCUUCUUUGAUCGCCAUCCAAACACCUUCGCGUUCAUCCUCAACUAUUACCGAACGGGAAAGUUGCACUGUCCGAACGACGUGUGCGGUCCGUUGUUCGAGGAGGAGCUGGCGUUUUGGGGCAUCGAUGAAACAGAUGUGGAAGCGUGUUGCUGGAUGAAUUAUCGCCAACACAGGGACGCGGAGGAGGCACUGGACAGCUUCGAGACCCCCGAACCUGACCCUCCGGAAGAUGACCCCGCGCUAACGGGAGGCGCGGACGGAGACCUAAAGAGACUGUGUAUGCAAGAAGACGGGAGAAAAGCCAGCUGGUGGCACGUGUGGCAACCCAGAAUUUGGGCGCUUUUUGAGGAUCCAUAUUCUUCUAAAUAUGCGCGGUACGUGGCGUUCGGCUCCCUCCUCUUCAUCCUCAUCUCCAUCUCCACGUUUUGCCUGGAGACGCACGAGGCCUUCAACACCAUCUACAACAAGACAGAAAAUGUGACGGUGGACAACCGCACGCGGGAGGAGGUGGUCUUCGAGGUGGUCACCGACAGCUGGCUGACCUACGUGGAGGGCAUGUGCGUCAUCUGGUUCACCAUCGAGGUCCUGCUCCGGGUCAUCUUCUGCCCGGACAAGGCCGAGUUCUUCAAGAGCACCCUCAACAUCAUCGACUUCGUGGCCAUCCUGCCCUUCUACCUGGAGGUGGGGCUGAGCGGCCUGUCCUCCAAGGCCGCCAAGGACGUGCUGGGCUUCCUGCGGGUGGUCCGCUUCGUCCGAAUCCUCCGGAUCUUCAAGCUCACCCGCCACUUCGUGGGCCUCCGGGUCUUGGGCCACACCCUGAGGGCCAGCACCAACGAGUUCCUCCUCCUCAUCAUCUUCCUGGCGCUGGGGGUCCUCAUCUUCGCCACCAUGAUCUACUACGCCGAGCGGAUCGGCGCCGACCCGAGGGACCCCACCGCCAGCGCCCACACUAACUUCAAGAACAUCCCCAUCGGGUUCUGGUGGGCGGUGGUCACCAUGACCACCCUGGGCUACGGGGACAUGUACCCCGUCACGUGGUCGGGCAUGCUGGUGGGCGCCCUGUGCGCCCUGGCGGGGGUGCUGACCAUCGCCAUGCCCGUGCCCGUCAUCGUCAACAACUUCGGGAUGUACUACUCCCUGGCCAUGGCCAAGCAGAAGCUCCCCAAGAAGAAGAACAAGCAUAUCCCCCGGGCCCCCCAGCCCGGCUCGCCCAACUACUGCAAGCCCGACGCGCUGGCUAUGGCCACCGCCUCGCCCCACAGGAUCAUGGGAAACGUGCUGGGCGGGGUUGUCGGGUCAGGAAGCGUAGGGGGGGACUGUCCCCUGGCGCAAGAGGAGAUUAUCGAAAUCAAUCGUGCGGACUCCAAGCAGAACGGAGAUGCCGCCAACGCCGCGCUGGCCAAUGAGGACUGCCCCACCAUUGACCAGGUGCUGGGGCCGGACGAGAAGAGCCCGGCGACAAGCGCGGUCAGCCGUGAGCGCUUCCCCCAUGACCGCGCCUGCUUCCUCCUCAGCACCGGCGAAUUCAGAGCCACAGACGGGAAUGUGAGGAAAGCGACUGGCUACGAGAAAUCUCGCAGCCUGAAUAACAUUUCGGGGAUGACGGGGGCCACCAUGCGCCUCGCGCCCAUCACCAACUCGCCCUACGAACCCUACGAAUCCCCCGGCCCCCUCCGCCGCUGCCGCUCCCCCAUCCCCUCCAUUUUGUAGCGAAAAGAGAUUAAAACGAAAAAACCGUUGAACCAACACGGGAAAAAAACGGGCCAUUGCCUGGACCAUAGUAAUAUACUGUAACCGAUGAUAAUGAUAAUAAUGACCACGAUUGAUAAUGGAUUCAAAGGAGGCCGGAAUGUCUUCUCAAAGGGUAUUAAAAUCUUAUAAACACGGUGUUUAGAUGCGUGCGUAUGAGUAGAGGGUUACUGGAGAAAGAAAAAAAUAAUUAAACAUAAACUGAGACAUAUGAAUAGACAGAAGGAUUAGUAAAGCAAAUAUCCAUUUUCAAAAAUGAUCACCUUCACGAGUAGUUUUAAUCCACGACAGUGUUAGAUGGAUAUAACCUAUUAUACAUGCUUUCAAAACCAGCAUUACUCAGCGAUUGCACAGCAUUAUACUUUCAUGGGAUAAAACGUGUGCACAUUUAAAAUGCCGAUUACUUUGCUAAAUUCCCUUGAUAACAUUACAGGUUUUUAUUUCUGUCCAUCUAAAUAUUUUGAUGUUCAUUUUACCCAUGAAACGACCUGAUGACAUCUAACAUUAAUGAAGUACCAUUCUAAUAUGGUCACAUUAUUACAAUGUGGCAGAAAAUUUGUAAAACAGUUUACAAAUAGUUAAUAAGUAAGUAGUUAUUUAAUAAAUAGAUCCCUCCAAAUUAAACAAGAAUACAAUUAAGAAUGGGUAUAUUGUAAUCACUGAUUUCUUAACUUUUUCGUGGAGGGUGCAUGUCAUUCUUUAUUUUACAAUUAGGUAAAGUGCGGUAAGUUUUCUUUCCAGGAUUAUCUAUAUGCCCCACCUGCUGAGUUUACUCCUGCAGUAAAUGAAUUCUGAAUGAUUUGCCGGUGCCCGAAGUUAAACAGUGAUUGAAAUGGCUAUAGGCCAACUCCAAAGGGUUGUCUUUUUCCGGCAGAUCUAAGUGUGCACAUUUGAAAGUCAGUCUCUUUAGAUCCUUAGUACUGAGCCUAUGGACAACACGCAAUAGUUCCAUUUUCUCUCCGAUAAACGAGCCACAAAUAGACUUAGCGACCAUCUGACUCAAUUAAUUUUGCAUGGAUUCACACUCAAAAACAAAAUACAAUAGAUAGCCUAUAAAUAAAUAAAAAAUCACAAAAUACGAGUAAAACGUCGAACUAUUUAAAAUGGUUGCUAAGUCUAAGUAAAGAAUGAAUGAAUCAGUCCUGCACCGUUGAAGCUAGCUUUAUAGAGGAUUGUUAGUAUCUGUCACUAAUUCAAAAGUAGCAAGUCACUUUACUAACAGUCACAUGUGUACAAGCAACAUAUACAUGUAAUAUAUACGCAAAUGCAUACACACAUCAUGCUUAACAGAAGACAACACCCUGCACAAAGCAAAAAAUAAAGUAUACUUUUUCAAAAGGGCAUUCAAAAAAUUAUUAUCAUUAUCAUUAUUAAUAUUAUUACUAAUAAUAGGAGCAGAAGGACAGACUCCUCCUAGAGGCUUUUGCGCAAUACACAGAUUCUUAAACCAAUGCAAUGGCAUUACACGUAUCCACGUGAAUGGCGAAAAAUAUAAGACUGAGGAACUGCUGUCAACAAAGACGCCGUGGAGAAGAAUAUCAGAUCAAUUCACUAUUUUUUUAAAGGGGAGGGGUGGGUAACGAAAACUCGGAGGGGAAGACGGGCUGUGAACUUUCUUCUUUCAAAAAUUUUUGUUAUUUUUUGGGGGUGGGGGAGGGUGGAGGGGAUGAGUUGGCAGAGAAAAAGGGGACUCGUUAGUGUUUUUUUUCGGACGCAUGCUUAUGGAACUCUGCUCUCGAUGAUCCGACUCACGUGCAAUGACUCGAGGGACUGGGAGUGGAUCAGAAGGGAGACAGGAAAGGGGAGGAGUCAGUCAAUCAAAAGCCAAUGCUGCUCCUCACUCACUCCACCCCCAUCCAGAUGCAUGAUGAGAUAUGUAGUUUUUUAUUUUAUUUUAUUGUAGUCCAUCAUAAAUAUACAUACAUAUCAAUUUAUAGUAUUUCUCUCAAACUCAUCCCCGCCUCCCUCCCCCCUGGUUAUGAUCAGUAAUGCUACUAGACAUGAACUGGAUUUUAUUCAUGUAGGAAAACAAAUACUUCUUUGUUAAGAUUUGGUUGAGCUUCACUUUUUAUAAACAUUACUAUAAGACCGAGUUAUUAUUUAGAUGUAGCGGAUUUUUAGUUCUCUUUUUUGCUUUCUCUUCUGUUUUUUAUUUUUAUUUCCCCCCUUGUUCCUCUCCAUCCCCCCUUUCCUCCGGAACGACGGUCUCCGAUACAAACUAAAAAGGGGGAUCAAUGAACAGAUAUUGGAGUGACAGCGGUCGGUAGACGAAGAGAAAGAUGACAGAUUUUUUUUUUAGUAUACAUAUACAUUUAUAUAAAUAUGCACAACGUUUGUGUAUUCAUAUGUAUGUGUAUGUAUCAUAUUAGAGAUCCUGCAGAUAUGUGUGCAUAUGUUUUAUAAAUGUAUAUUCAGAUAUACAUCUGCUCUUUCAAUAUAUAUUUUUAUUUACUUGAGACGCAAUGUAUGGACUCAAUAUGCAAUCGACCUGCUCUCUUCUGUUGCUGCUCUUUAAACGAAGGAAUGAAAAAAAGAGGGAGUGAAAGAACCUCCCCCACAGGAGGGGACCGCAGGACAACAGAAGCAAGAGAUCAGCCGUUACUUUUUCCUUUUUUCUCUUUUUCUGAAAUAUACAUAAAAAUAGGACAAUAAUAAUGUAAUGAUAAGAACCUAUUUUUAUACCCAUAUUGUUAUAAUUAUGUAUGUGGUCAUUCCGCUUAAAGAGCAAACAUUAUUUUUAUUUAUUUAUUUUAGAAUUAAUUUGCAGAAAAGGUCCAGUUAUUUUUCUAAUUAGUUUUUCGUUUUUUUUCCUCAUGCAUUUGGAAUAUGCGUGUAUAAUUAAUGUUUACUUUACCAAUGUUCCCGACUUACGCAUCUGUAUUAACGUAUAAGGAUGUUUCCUUUCAUUUGAUGGAUUGAUUACGCUUUAGUAGUUUUCCCAUUCUUAUUUAUUUAUUUUUCUAGAGGUCCCCUCUGGCUUCUCUUCUUUCUUUCCUCAUCCCCCUUUUUUCUCACAACGAACAAAAAAAAAGAGAGAAAUAGAAAUUGAUUGAGUAAGGUUGCAUUCUCCUCCAAUAAUUGAAUGAUUAAAUGCUGGAUCUAUAGACGACCCUCUGAAAGAGCUGUAGUUCAUUCCGGUGAAGGGUGAAUACAAUCAAUAAGCGCCGUGCUGGAGGACAGCCAGGCCCCCGCGGGCCCCCGCCCGCUCCCGAGCUGACGGCAAUCCGCUGGAUUUGCCGAACAGCUGGAUGUCAUUUGGACCCCGAGCCAAGACCCUGUCAUAAACAGCGGAGCUUUGGCUCGGGGCCAUAGCAAAACCAGCGAGGACCGGUCACCUCGCUCCGAAUCAGCGUCACAAACGCUACAUGUGAUAUUAAAGAAAAAACCCCAGACCAGAGCAGAGUAAUUCAUUGUUACUUUCUGCUUCAAAAAAGGAAAAAAAAAAAAAGGUUUAGCCUUGAUUUUAAAUUAUUUAAGCUAGAAAGGCAGUGAAGUCCAUACAUAAUGCUCGUACUAAAAUAGUAGGGAUUUGUGAUCUUAUUAUUCAAAUGUCUGGGACUAGUAUCUUUCGAUGAUAUGAUUUUAAUUUCUCAAUUCUAGUGUAUAGUCAUUAAAGCUAAGCGAAAUUUCAGUGAAAUGAAGACAGUUGCGCCCAAAGUAGAGCUUUCUUUCAGAGACGCCGGUUGUGAUGAGUCACCUGGGGCAGAGAAGGCAACUUUGCUCAAUUAUUUUAGCAAAAAGUAAAAAAAAAAAAAGAAUAAUUAAAAAAAAAAAAACUCAGGACAGAAAUUUAAAACCAUAUCAUUUCCAAAGUAAAGGCCAUUAGGAAGGUAGCGACGAAACGUGAGAAAUGCAUCGGCCAGUGACUAGAGACUUAUGUAACUGCACCCGCAGAGUAACUAUCGGUAUGUUUUAACGGGUGUUACGUCAUUGUGUGAAAUGUACAUAUCUGUGUCUAUCUCUGUAUAUGUGAGCUUAUCUAUGAUUUGAAAAGAAAACGCGUUUUUAUACAUGUGCAGUGCAGGAGGGCGGAGCCAAAUGGACAGGGGGUGGAGUCUCUCGCUCUCUCUCUCUUUUCCUGUCUCUUGGAUCUAUUUUCCUGCAUCCCCCCACCCCCCACCCCCCCAAACUCCACCCCACCCACCCUCCCCUCCGCUCCUCUCCAUGUGUUUGUCCUGAGUGAGGAACGCUCAGAUUAGGCCUAUCGAUGGUCUGAA